UAUCUGUGAACACGGACAAGUUAGAGAGACUAAAAUGGCCAGAACCAAGCAGACCGCGCGUAAAUCCACCGGAGGAAAAGCUCCCAGGAAGCAGCUGGCCACCAAGGCUGCCCGUAAGAGCGCCCCGGCCACCGGCGGAGUGAAGAAGCCCCACCGCUACAGGCCCGGUACCGUGGCUCUCCGAGAGAUCCGCCGCUACCAGAAGUCCACCGAGCUGCUGAUCCGCAAGCUGCCCUUCCAGCGCCUGGUGAGGGAGAUCGCUCAGGACUUCAAGACCGACCUGCGCUUCCAGAGCUCCGCCGUCAUGGCUCUGCAGGAGGCCAGCGAGGCUUACCUGGUCGGCCUCUUCGAGGACACCAACCUGUGCGCCAUCCACGCCAAGAGGGUCACCAUCAUGCCCAAAGACAUCCAGCUGGCCCGACGCAUCCGCGGAGAGAGGGCUUAAACUCCCCCCACACCUCUUUACACCACAACGGCUCUUUUAAGAGCCACCUCACUAAAGCUCAAGAGCUCCUUCCUCUGAUCCUCCUUUCCAUGUAUUUUAAUAAGGCUGGCCUAAAUCACUGUAGGAAUGUCCUGUCUUUAGCACACAGCACAGAAGACACCGGCUUAUUCCACAAAGUGAUGUUUUUGGUGAAAGUAGCAUGAUCACCAAAGGGCAGGUCAACAUUUUUAAACAUUUUAUCCUUAAUUAGCAUUAAUCAUUAUUAGGUAGUUUAUUAAUUAUCCUUUCAUACUUCUUAAUCUUUGAACAUUACUGAGAGGUGUCUUAUGCUGUGCUGUAAUCAUGAAUGCAGUAACAAAGUUAAGAUCCCUGAGUGGGAGCAUUGACAGUAGACACUGAGACUAUGCAUACUUGAAUGGCACAGCACAACAUGUUAUUCCUGUAGUAAUUUUUUAAUAAAUAUAACUUUGUUAAAUUAUAUACACAUAAAUGCUGAAAAAGGUGACAUUUGAGUUAAAAUGUACAUGAUGAGUUUCUUAUCCUGUAAUAUAAAAAUAUAGAAAGUCAACAACACAGAAUGAUGAAUGAAAGCUGGAAAACUUCUAAAGUGGGGCAACAUGUGUGAACAGCAUAAAAACAGAAGAUAAGAAGUUCAUCAUAGAGGAAGUAGGGGUGAAAAAAGCCCAGAAGGGAUAUAUAAGGCUGUCUACAGACCAUAGGAUUGACUUCAUCCUCCGGGUUUAUGUGUCCUGUGUUGGAAUAAACUCUUUUUUGCACCGAC